AUGACAUCUUUUGGUACUUCUCUUCUCGGCUUGGUGAAACUGUUUGGUAUUGGUGACAGCGAAAAGGGCGCCACGGACAGACCCAACCAUGCGACAGGCCAAGUAGACCCAGAAUAUCGCUGCUUCCCCAGCUUCAGUCGUUUCGGGGCAAUCUAUGACCUAUCCCCAUCAGAAAGUCUUGAUGCAGAAACAGGAGUUCUCACUGACGAAGUCGCCAGCAUCGAAAUUGAUGACGCAGAUGAAAAGAAUCGUCAAGUCAAAGGUUUGGCAGAUGAUGCUGAUCCAUGUCUGCCACGCCGCCAGUACGUCCUUGCCCAGCGCUGGUUUGUUGUGACCGGUACAACCUGGCAGCUGUUUCAUAGCUUUGCCAUCAGUCAUAAAAUCAAGUUUGCGCCCGAUAUCGCUGGUAAUUAG